AUGGCCCCUGGCACUCUCCACCCCCUCUCAGAUGGCCCCUGGCACUCUCCACCCGUCUCAGAUGGCCCCUGGCACUCUCCACCCCUCUCAGAUGGCCCCUGGCACUCUCCACCCCUCUCAGAUGGCCCCUGGCACUCUCCACCCCUCUCAGAUGGCCCCUGGCACUCUUCAUCCCUCUCAGAUGGCCCCUGGCACUCUCCACCCCUCUCAGAUGGCCCCUGGCACUCUCCACCCCUCUCAGAUGGCCCCUGGCACUCUCCACCCCUCUCAGAUGGCCCCUGGCACUCUCCACCCCUCUCAGAUGGCCCCUGGCACUCUCCACCCCUCUCAGAUGGCCCCUGGCACUCUCCACCCCUCUCAGAUGGCCCCUGGCACUCUCCACCCCUCUCAGAUGGCCCCUGGCACUCUCCACCCCUCUCAGAUGGCCCCUGGCACUCUCCACCCCUCUCAGAUGGCCCCUGGCACUCUCCACCCCUCUCAGAUGGCCCCUGGCACUCUCCACCCCUCUCAGAUGGCCCCUGGCACUCUCCACCCCUCUCAGAUGGCCCCUGGCACUCUCCACCCCUCUCAGAUGGCCCCUGGCACUCUCCACCCCUCUCAGAUGGCCCCUGGCACUCUCCACCCCUCUCAGAUGGCCCCUGGCACUCUCCACCCCUCUCAGAUGGCCCCUGGCACUCUCCACCCCUCUCAGAUGGCCCCUGGCACUCUCCACCCCUUUCAUGGGGCUUCUGGCACUCUCAAGGGUGCCUUGAAAGUUCCAUAAACUUACAUAAACAUAAAAAUGGGGUUCCAUAA